AGAUUCCUACAUGAAAAACCCCCUGUGAAAUGGCCUGUUUUUAUAGGUUGUCAUAUGCACGGCAUUUCGCAAAAUGUCACAUUUUACGAUUUGAGGUAGGAAAUCAACAACCUUUAUGCAAAUUCCAGAAUGAAAUAUUUUGCUGAAGUAUUCUUCAAAGUGUUGUCUUUCAGCUGGGCAUGACAAAAAUAAAAAAUCUGAAUUUGUCCAAAAUGACUUUUGGCGCACUUUUGUUUCGCCCCGGCCCACUGUGCGCCGGUACCCGGGGCGGGCGGCCGGGCCAAAGACACCGGCUCGCGCGUGUGCUGUGUUAAUCGAUUGUCUACCCAUCUGUCUUUUCUGGUCAAUGUUAUCUGACAAUUUUCAAGAUGAUAAAAGCAAUUUUAGUCUUCAAUAACCACGGAAAGCCCCGGCUCGCCAAAUUCUACACCCACUACCACGAGGAUGAACAACAGCAGAUUGUCCGAGAAACUUUCCAUUUGGUCUCCAAACGAGAUGAGAAUGUGUGCAAUUUUCUGGAAGGUGGAAUGAUUGUUGGCAAUGAAGAUUUCAAACUCGUAUACAGACAUUAUGCUACAUUGUACUUUGUUUUCUGUGUGGACUCAUCAGAAAGUGAACUUGGCAUCUUAGAUUUAAUACAAGUAUUUGUAGAGACAUUAGACAAGUGCUUUGAAAAUGUUUGUGAGCUGGAUUUAAUAUUCCAUGUUGACAAGGUUCAUCAUAUUUUAGGAGAGCUGGUUAUGGGAGGAAUGGUUCUAGAAACAAAUAUGACAGAAAUACUCACAAGGAUAGAGGAACAAAAUAAAUUAGAAAAACAAGAGGCUGGUCUUUCAGCAGCACCAGCCAGAGCAGCAGCUGCCGUCAAAAACAUGAACCUGCCUAACAUUCCAACACCCAACAUCAGCUUGCCCAAUCUUCCUUCAUUUAAGUGAUGUCUGCCUCUGUCACCUUCAUAUAAAACAAAAUAAUACUAUUUAUAUAGUGAUCAUGGUCUAGGUCUCUUUAACCAGAAUUCUGUUUUAUAUGCAAUAAAAAAGAAUGAACUCCCUAGCCUCAGUUGUGUGUACUUAAUAAGCUGAAAAAUGGGUGAUGAGUAUUGUGAAAAUGCGAUUUGGAUAUGUCGAACACUAUAUCCAUUUUUGUCUCAACAUUUUAUUUGUAUGCUUCUUUGUUCCUUAUUGAUUUAUAUAUUUGAAAGUAUAAUGCAGAGAGAUGAUUUCAGAGUUUUAUUUUCUUUAUAUAUUCCAAAAUAAGUACAUGGUACACAUUUACAUGUACAUGUGUGCUUUGUACUAUUAUUAUUAUCAUUUCAGAAUGAGCCACAGAAUCACAUUUUGAACCUUUUUAUCAGUAAAUAUUUCAAAUCUGAUUAUCAAUCAAGAAAUUCCAUCACAAAACGAUAUAUUUAUAUUGAAUCUAAUUAUCAAGAAAAUUCCAUUGCAAAGCAAUAAAUUUGAUUCAAAUUUUAUGAAACCUUCCCUGGGGAGAAUUGUAAUCAACAGAAUGUGUUGAUCCAAUUUGGAAAGUACAUGCGUGUAUUAUGCAGAAUAAAUUCACUCAAUAUGUAUAUGAUGUCCUCACCCUCUGCUGCCCCCAAUAGUCUGUGUAUUUUAAUUCAUUACUCUGAUAGUACCAAGAUUAGAUUGUGAUGUAUACCUGUAACUUUCACCUGAUGCAUAUUUGUGGGGAAAAAUCCAACAAAUGAAGCAAGAUCAAUAUACAAAAAUAAAUGGAAAUGUAUAGAUGAUAUAUUUUGAAGUUAGUUUUUGUCUCGCCUGCAUAGCAGAGCGAGACUAUAGGCGCCGCUUUUCUGACGGCGGUGGCGGCGUCAACAUCAAAUCUUAACCUAAGGUUAAGUUUUUGAAAUUACAUCAUAACUUAGAAAGUAUAUGGACCUAGUUCAUGUAACUUGGACAUAAGGUUAAUCAAGUAUUACUAAACAUCCUGCCUGAGUUUCAGGUCACAUGACUAAGGUCAAAGGUCAUUUAGGGUCAAUGAACUUACACCAUGUUGGGAGAAUUAUUUUCAAAAUCUUAACCGAACGUUAAGUUUUUGAAAUGACAUCAUAACUUAGAAAGUAUAUGGACCUAGUUCAUGAAACUUGGGCAUAAGGUUAAUCAAGUAUUAGUGAACAUCCUGCACCAGUUUCAGGUCACAUGACCAAGGUCAAAGGUCAUUUAGGGUCAAUGAACUUUGGUCAAGUUGGGGGUAUUUUUUGAAUUACUAUCAUAACUUUGAAAAUUUAUGGAUCUAGUUCAUGAAACUUGGACAUAAGGUUAAUCAAGUAUUAGUGAACAUCCUGCACCAGUUUCAGGUCACAUGACCAAGGUCAAAGGUCAUUUAGGGUCAAUGAACUUUGGCCAAGUUGGGGGUAUUUGUUGAAUUACCUUCAUAACUUUGAAAAUUUAUGGAUCUAGUUCAUAAAACUUGGACAUUUGGUUAAUCAAGUACCACUGAAUAUUCUGUGCGAGUUUCAGGUCACAUGACCAUGGUCAAUGGUCAUUUAAGGUCAAUGAACUUUGGCCGUGUUGGGGGUCUUUGUUAAAUUACCAUCCUAACUCUGAAGUUUAUGGAUCUAUUUCAUAAAACUUGGGAUAUAAGAGUAAUCAAGUAUCACUGAACAUCCCCUGUGAGUUUCAGGUCACAAAACCAAGGUCAAAGGUCAGUUAAGGUCAAUAAACUAGGCCAUGUUGGGGUAAUCGUUGAAUUGCCAUCAUAACUUUGAAAGUUUAUGGAUAGAGUGAAUGAAAUGUGGACAUGGGUGUAGUUGACAAGUCUUAAGUCACCGUUCAAAUGUCAUCUAUGGUCAAUGAACGUGGUAUUAUGUCAUAUGACUGGUGUUUUUGUGAAUGAUCAUUUUAUAGUAGUUUUCAAAGUUAGCACUGCUGCUAUAUUAAAUCGCAUAAUGCAGGCGAGACUGCCAGAGGUGUUCCACUUGUUUUACUUUUUAUCUAAAUGGAAGAAGGUAGACACAGGAGCGACAUACUAAUUGAACCAUUGUUUUAUAUAUUUCUGCUGAUUUUUUGUGUUGUCUAAAGAGGCAAUGUACAGUAUAUCCAAUUGAAUCAUUUUACACUUUGAUUAAAAGUAUUCACAAAUUUUGAUUGGUGGGUUAACUUUAACAUAGGUUUUGUAGAUGUACAGAAAAAGUGCACUUGAUUCAAUGUAGGUGGUCGCUUUUAGGAAAAGACCGUAAAUUCAUUAUUGUUGCUGUGGUCAACCUGCAGUUUUUUUUUAAAGAAACCCAAAGUUUAUUUAAUUUGAUUUCAAUGAACACGGGUUGAAUCAUAGCAGCAAGUUUAAAUAGUAUCAUUUGUGAAAUCACCCAUUCAUUAUUUGACCAUUAUUAUGGUACAUGCUAAUUCAAGUAUACCUAUAAAUAUGAAUCUGCAUAAUACAUGUAGAAUGUGUUAAGUUAACCCACUAUUGUUAUUUUGGGUUAAUAUGUUUUCACAAAUGAAUGACAGUAGGUGGCAUUCUAUGGAGCAUUAUGUGAAGCAGUUUGCAAAAGUUUUUGUUGACGUUUAACUGAUCACUUCAUAACAUUCCCAGUGAGGAAAAUGAAGUCAUGAAAUUAAAGAUCUCUACUAUUUGUUAUUCAUGUACACAUCUCUUAUCAGAUUCAGAUAGGUAGUGCUCAUUUUACUAAUUUCUUUAAACAAUGAAAGAAAAAUAUUAGUAGCAGAGAGAAUAAAAAGACCUGGACCAUGAUCACAAUUUUUUCCAACUCCUUUUAUUAUAAAUAUAAUGAUAUUGUAUAAUCUAAGUUAUAUUUUCCAAAGAGCCCAAUAUUGAAAAUGACUGUCAUAAUAUGAUAGUCAUUCCCCCAAGAGCGUUUCAUAGGUAUAUAGUAUAUAUGUAUAUGUACAAUUGUGAAUGUAGUAGACCAUGUAUCUAUUUUUUCUUACAUUGUCUUAAAUGAUUAAAAUAAUGAUCAUAGUUAUAAACAGGGUGUUUCUAAAAAAAAAGAUAACUGGAAGUCCAAUGGUCGGCUAUAUAAAAAUUACAUAGUUUGUUCUUGUGAUUUGUAUACUAUGAUAUGGACUAAAUCAUCAGCUUUGAUUUGACACCUUGCAUACAUCAUUAGUGUCACUGAUCAAAGAGGAAGUUCCGUGGAAAGGGAGGGGUACAAAACCAAUUUUUUUCUCCAAAUUUGGGUUUGUAAAGUACAAAAGAAUAUUUUCUGUAAGAUUUUGGUUUCAUUUUGUUUUUCACAAAUACUAAGUUUAAUGAAAGGCUAUCCGCUCCGCUAACUUUUGUGUCUGUCAUGUACAUAUCCACAGUCUAGCAGCUGGUGAGCAUAUAAUUCAUCCCUACCUCUUGCGCCAGCACCUUCGACUUGUACACCUCCCCUGUUGACGCAGCAUGUCUUGCAUUGCUCUUCUAACCAUUUCGGGAUCAAGACGAAGAACAUUGAUCUCAUGCCUAACAUGUACCCUCAAGUUAUUAAGGAUGUGCUCGACCAAGAUUGCAGCUGGUCACCAGUUAUGUAACAUUACAUCCACUCACAUAAAGUUAGCAGAAGGGAUCACAAUUCACAAAUUCUACUGUGAAAAAAAAACGCUGAUAAAACCAAGAACUUACAACAAAGUGGGUUUUGUACAGGUAUAUGAUAAAAACCAAAACUAAAAAAAAAACUCUGUGACCCGUGACAAUUUUGACACAAGCAAGGUGUCAAAUUAACGUUGGUGAGUUACUCAGUAUUUUAGAAUAAAAAUUGGAAGAAUAAAUCAUGUAUUGUUUAAAUGUAUAUAGCUGACCUUUGAACUUAGGUUACCUUUUUUUAUAUAGACAUACCCUGUGUAUUGUGCAUGUAUCCAUCCAUUCAAGAGGAUGGGUAAGACAUAUUCCUUAAUGAAGUUGAUUCAUGUAUACCCAAUCUCAGUUAUAUGAAUGAUUGUUUUUAUUGUUGGCUUUUCUUAUGAUGUCUAGUCUCAUCAGGUCCGUCUAGAGCGACUGCAGCCUAAAUACAUGUAGGAAAGGCAAGUGGGAUUCUUGAAAAAUAUAUAUCGUCAGGAUGAUGAACACAUGAAUCUUUUGCAUAAAACUUUGAUUCAUAUGCUAUCUUUUGCAAUCAGUUGUAACUUUUAUGUAAUCUCAAGAUUUUGAAAAGCUUUUAAAUGAUCUUUUGGUAUGUAUGUGACAUUGAAUGGCACUAUUACCAAUUAUUUGUUAUCAUGUAUUGGGUAAUGAUAACAUAUCACUGUGAUGCAUUUUAUAUCAUUCCUCUUCCCAUUGCAGUAUUUAUCAGAUACGUUUUCAUUUUCUAAAAGUGACAAUCAGUUAUGAAUUUUAUUUAACAGAGAAUAGUGCUGUCAAUAGGCAGAUUGCUUGUUCUGUACCAUGAUGCAUUAAAGCCAUAAAAUUGAGACACUUGAGUGCAUUAAUUCUGAAGAGAAGAUGCCAGUAUCUACCUUCAAUUUAUUCUUUCUCUCUUUACAUUUUCAUGAUGAAACAAGCAAACCAAAUUAGUAAUCUCUUUUGAAUUUCGGAAUAAGUUGAUAAUGCAGCACAUGAAAUUUUAUACUUGAAAGUUCAUUUGUAUUUUUUCAUAUGAGAAAUCAAAAUGCAAUCACUAUCAGAAUAAUUACCAUUCUUGGCACCUAAAUGAAUAAACCCCAAUGUUAUGUGAUAAUUAAAGUUGCUGCAGAUAUUUUCUUUUCAAUAAUUCUGAUGUUGAAACCAUAAAGUUUGAUUUGAAACAUAGCAUUAUUCAUGAUGAUAUAAAUUUUGUAUGAUGUUAAGUCUUAGUUUAUGACUUCCUUUUUCAUAAAGGACAACAAAGUGCAAUUUGGUUAUUAGAAAAAGACAGUUUCAUAUUAAAAAAAAUAUGCUAGAAUAAUACCAUGUAAGUUUGCUAGGUUUGUUUUGUAAAGCUUUGUAUCUGUAGUAGAUCAAUAUCUCAUAGGAAUUAAUAUCUUAUCAUUAGGGUACAUAUAGUUAUGCUAUAUAUGUAUAUGUAAAAAAAAGAUGAGGAAAGGAAAGGAACUAUUCUUUUGUGAAUACAUAAAUUGAUCAUGGUAAACCAACUUGGAAUACAUAAAUUGAUCAUGGUAAACCAACUUGAAUAUACAGUUUUAUUCCCAGCCAUGUAGAUGUGUAAUAUGUAGUACCCAAUGUCACCCAUCUAAACCCUGUUUUAAUGCCUUGGUCAUAACUUUGUAUAUACUGCUUCAUAUUGCUGUGAUAUCAGUACAAUGAACCCAAUAAUGUGCAGUAUAUUUGAAGGUAGCAGUCACACAGUGCAUAUUUAACUCGCAACGUGAAUACAAAACACAAUGUACGAGCUGAACCCUGCAUCUCAAAGCUUACCAAUUAUUCUCUGAUAUGAAAGAACAAUUCUGAUUGGUUCCUAGUCAGUCUACUGAGUGAAAUGCAUUUGCAAUGAUCAUCUUGAUAGGCCAUUUUGUGAUAAGGGAACCUGGAUACCCAAUAUGUGUGGUAAUUGCAAUGGUUUGUGCGGCUGUGAGUGAUGUACAAGCAACAGCACAUCAACAUCCGCUCUCAUGUGAACAAUACCGAGCUCAAGCAAGGUAAAUUGUGUACAAAAUUCAGCAACGUGACCUCUUGAAAGAGGCGAUUUUAGCUUGUAGCUAGUUGGUAGUUACCACAUUUCACUGCAUUUCCCUGGAUAUACUUUUUGUUUGCAUUUCAACAAUAUGCAACAAUAUACAAACCAGAUAUGUAAAGAUGUGACAAUAACACUCUCCUAGAAUGUUUAUAGAAUGGAAGGUAAAUUAUUCAUGUUUAGUGAAAACAUGCGGUUACCAUAGUACUCAGAUAUUUGCUGUUAUAAACUUAGUUAGGUACUUUUCAUGGAGCAGUGACUGAUGGCAAGCAGAGUAAUAAUUAAUGUUAUCUCAAGCUUUUAAUGGUGGAAUAUGAUAUGGUGCAUAUCUGUCAUAUUUUCUACAAAAAUCAAAGCUAGCAAAUCAUUGACACUUUAAUCUUGAAAAAAAAUAUGGAAAAAGACUCAAAUGGUAAUUAAAUGCAGCUAUUUGAUUGAUUACUAAAAAAUGGAAAAGUAAGUGUGAUUGAAUAUUUUAGAAAGCACCUCUGUAGCUAUUUUAUCAGAAGUUAUGGAUAGCUUCUGUAAAUUUUGAAUUUGAGUUUGAUUUUAUUCAUUUGUAUAACAAUUAUCAAUAUCGAACCCUCAAAAUAUGUGAUGAAUUUUUAAUAUAUUUCAGGUUCUGAUGUCCUGAAAUAUAUGCCAAAAUUAUUUCUUUCUAUUUUAUUAUUUCUUUUGUUGGUGGAAGUUUAAGCUGGUUUACAUGUAGGCCUAUUGUAAUUGGCAAUCACAUAUGGUUCAACUCAAUUUGUGUAUGAAUUUGUAAAUUUCCUUAAAAAAAUAAUUCCCUUUUGUAAUUUAAUGAUAGAAAAAAAAGAAGUCAGUUUUGAUGGAAUGAAAAAUAUUGGUGUUCAAAAUGUAGUCCUAAUUACCUCUGCCACCAUCUCUAAAUCUGUGGCAGGUUAAGUAAUGCACUUUCCAAUUAAAUAAUCCUGUCUAUCUAUUCUUUUAUCAUUUUUAAGUAGUCCAAGUGUUACAAAUUGUGCUAGUUGAUCAGACACAACAUACAACAAAUAAUUUGUGAUGGAUUGACUGAAUUUCACAAGAUCUUGUAGUGUAUCAAUACACAUGCGAUAAGGAUGAGGAGAGUUUAUUCUGAAAUUUAUCAAAGAAUAAGUUGCUUCCAAAUUUGUAAGUUUUUGUUCUUACCUGUGUUUAUAGGACAGAUCAUAAUUAUAGAUUUGACUAGUGCAUUGGAGGAAGAUUUUAUUACCUUUAGAGUAAAUUGUCAGCGUGUAGACCUAUUUUUCAUGUUGAAAUGUUCUGACCCAGGAAUGUAUCAUCAAUCUGUUUCUUACAUUCCAAAUUUCAGAUAUAUUUUGCGUUAUAUUCACUUAUUCAGCAUUUUCAUUGUAUGCUUUAGAGAAGGAAUACAAUAGGUGUAAUUCAUUAUUGAUAUAAGGUACUAGCAAUUGGAUAUCUGUCAACCAGUACUUAAUUUGGCAAAUGAAGCAUUUGAACUUUUUGUGCUUUUCAUAUAUGUUUGAGUCCUAUCAUAAUUUUAAAUGAGAUGUUUGAUUUCAGACAUAUAAAAGAUUGGAUUCCUGGGUUCACAACCUUACAUCGUUUUGUAUGUUCAACAAAUGUAUAUUUUAUUUGUACAUAGUAUUUCAUUUUCCUGAUAUAUUACGGUAUUACAUGAUUUUGUCGAAGUAUGAAACAAGAAUUGUCAAGUUUUGGUGAGUAGGGCACUCCACACAUUCAUCAGGACAGGGAAAACAAAGUAUCAUUCUAAUUGAUUAUAAGAGUAAAGAUGUUUUGUUUACAUGGCAGAAGAAUGUACAACCAUGCCCAUUCCAUUUAGUUUUGUGAAACUUUGUAUCAUUUUAUUUAGCAGUCGGUGAUUAUAUCUUGAGAUUUGUGAUUACAGAUUAGAAAUAUAUUGAAUAUUUGUUGAAAACUCAUGAAAAUUA